AUGGCAAGCAUCCUCGGGACGCCCGCGAGCUUCGCCGCCACAUUUGGCCUCGUCGGCCGGUUUCUCGACGGCGACGACCAUCGUGCUUGCCGCGCCGCCUCCAAGGCGGUCGAUGGCCUCUAUGCUGACUGCAUGAGUCCGUCGCCCGAUUGCAGCGGACACGUCCGGCGACAGAUCGUUCAUGCCAUCACCAGGUACGCUCGCACGCUGCAAAAGAAGGUGCGGUGGCCGCAAAAAGUUGUGGCGGCGUUGGCCAACGACCUCUUCCUCGUCGUCACGGGCGUCCGCAUUGCGUGCCUUGUCGACUGUGCAGCGAUCCCGCAGCCACGCGCGUUGGCCCUCCUCGCUGCUCUACGCGAGGAACUCAUGGGCUGUGACCACGUACGAGCCGUCUACCUCGAUGACGACCUCUUCUUUGUUCAUGCGCGCCGUCUCUCCCGCUCUCUCGUGACCGACGUCGCGUCGCUUUGGGCACAUCGCUUGUGCAUUGACGUCACGCCCUCGGCAAGCUCCUCCACGAGCACCGCACCGACGAUCCUGACGCCGCCGCCUGCGCUCUCGGCGUUUGCGACUGCGCUCGUCACAGCCCUCACGUGGUCGACCGCCCACCACGUCCUGGCGUUGACACCGCUGCUGCAACGUUUCUCACAGAGUGCAAUUGCCGUAGCGGGACUCCUCUUGGACUACCCGGUGCUUUACUGGCACGUGGCCCCGCACAGCCUGCCCGGCAACACGCUGGGACUGCAGCCACUCGUGCUCUACACCGUGACCAUCGACGUCGAUGGCGCGGCGCUUGCGGUUGCCCAGUUUAGCGCACCGCAAGCACUCCAUGAUGCACGGGUGCUUCGCGCGCGCUGUCGCCGGCGCACGUCGACUGGUCACGUUCUCCAUGUAGUUUCGACGACAUGCGUGCUUCCCCGUGUGUCUCUCUAG